AUGGACUUCCUCACUUGUGCUUCAUGCAUGAGAAAUGGAAUAUGUUUACCUGUUACAAUUGUCAAAUGUAUGGUGGGAAACGAGUUAAUUUUUUGUCAAAAUAAAGAGCAUGUCCGAACAUGUGUUGUGUCAGACAAUAUAAAGCUUCUCGAAGUUUCAGAAAUAUCUCUUCAUACUGACCACCACGAAAGUAAAGGCGAGUUGGAAUGGACAACUGAAGUGUUUCAUGCUCCAUUAAGAUCGGACACCUUGUCUAGUACCAAGUCAAGUGGAGAAGUUACAAUCACGACGGAUACUGUUUUCAACUUGCACCCCUUCGAAAAUGUGACUCCCGAAACUAAAAAUAUGACUUCCAAAUUUUCUAAUACUAUUGUAACAAAUGGAACUUGCUCUUUAUCUACAUCACAUCCUGGUUGUCGAACCACUUAUAGUCAUUACAAGCGAUCCAUUUUACGACAACUUAAAUGUACAUACUCUAUUGAUCGUAUUAAUUUUGCUAAUAAUAAUCUAAGAAAGUCAUCUUCGUCCAAAGUACGGGCGCGCUUUUUCUCGAAACCUGAAUCUCGAAGUAUACUUGUUAUUUUCUCCUCCAUUGCUGAAACACCAGUAGACUCACAGGCAAUAACCUCUGGAGUUGGUGACAAUCCUUUUGUGCAACAAGUCUCCAUGUAA